CAGUCGAUCAUCAUCAACGAACUACAAGCAUCAAGAUGAACGUUUUCCAAGGCUGCGUGCUAGUUUUCCUGGGCCUGGUCCUCAGCUCUGUGAAUGCACAGAUCCCAACCCGUGAGGAGUCCGCUAAGGACAAAGCCUGCGGUGCCGGCCGUUACUACAACAAUCUUCGCCACACUUGCCUGCCCUACUAAGGAGUAUUCUUGAAUGUGGCCUAAUUCAAAGAUAUCAAAAUAAAUAUACGAACAGUG